UCUGCUGCUUUUCCUCCUCUUGUCGCAUAUUGAUCCAGCUAGCUGAUCGUUAGCUUUUUUGUCAGGAUGAUGUCUGUGGUGUCUAAAUGUUUGUCAGUUGUUUCUGGCUAAUGGUAUCUGGCAUUUGGGGGCUUUAAUGUACCGUGCAGCUAAUCUAACAACCAUCGGCAAAGCGGGAACCGGCUGGCACUUUAGCCGGACGAUGGACGAGCUGGUCCAUGACCUGGUGUCAGCCCUGGAGGAGAGCUCUGAGCAGGCUGCCCGUGGGGGUUUCGGGGAUGGAGGAGACCAUGCUCUGGCUGUGGGCUGUCUGCUGAAGAGGCAGGCUCGGAAGCGUAGAGGCAGGAAACGACGCUCGGACAACCCGCACCCGCCGUGGGAGGCAGGCCACCUCAGUGAGGGCUCAGAGUCCAGCGUGGAAGAACACAAGGACUACCGAGCCAGUACAGGGGGGGUCUCGGCUGCCAACAGCCAUGCCCGUGACAACAGCGACUCGGAUGAACAACUUGGCCCCAAACGGCGCACCCUCAUCGCAGCAGAAACAGGACGAAGCAAGCGACCGAUUUGGCCGGACGACCUGGGUGUCCUGGGGUCCUCAGAGGGAACUCGCAGCCUCAGGCGGAGACGAAAGGUCAAACGUAUGGCGGUAGACCCCCCUGCAGAACCAGAACCCCCUUCCUGCACCAUGCUAGGGCCCCCGCCUGUCCCCAAAGCCCGUGUCGGUGCCAGGCCGCAUAGAAUGGGUGCUAAUGAGGGCAGGGGGCCUAUGGAGUUGUAUGGAGGUGGAAUGAUGGGGCCUGGGGGAGGGAAGAACAGGGUGAAGAAGAGGAAAAUGGCCCCCCACAGACUGGGGAUGGAGGCUGCAGAUGAAGGGGUGGUGGUGGAGAGUGAGGACCCCAUCUCUUCUCCAACAGAAGGGUCCAAGGACAAGAUGGAGUUGGAGGAGCAGAAGGGCUCAGAUGAGGACAUGAGUGACAGGUGUGAGACCAGUAGUGUCAGUAACAGCAGUGACGGAGGCCUCUACACCAACGAUGAGGGGAGGCAAGCUGAUGACGAGCAGAGCGACUGGUUCUUUGAAGGUGAGCCGGGUUCCGGUUCAGCUCCCGGGGGGGCUUGCGGGAUAGCGGGGGUGGUCCCCUGGUGGGAGAGGGAGACGGCUUCAGAGGAGCUGGACUUAACUGACCCCGUCUUCAACAGCAUCCUCAGCGGGUCCUUCCCCCUCAUGGGGCCUGGAGGACAGAGAGGGUUCCAUGCCAGGCUGAGCCGUCUCCAUAGUAACCAGCAUGUACCCCAGGCAGGCAGCUCCGGACAGAGCUUCAACGACCGGCUGGGCAGACAGAGCCAGGACCCCCACGAGCCUUGGUUCAGCUCGGGCUCCAGGAGAGAGCACGGACAGUUGCAUUGGGACUCUCGGUCAGACAGAGGGCAUCGGAGGAGCUGUUCGGUGAAAACAGCCAGCAGACAGACCAGCGGGCACCUGGGCUCUCUGUGUACAGGGGAUGUCAAGCGGAGGCGAAAAGCAGCCCCCCUCGGUUCCACCGCCCCCCCAGUAGUGGUGGGGGAGAAUGCACCCCCCCUCCCUGACACUAACAUGGGGAGCCGCAUGAUGCAGAGCAUGGGCUGGAGCCCGGGGAUGGGCCUGGGUCCGGAGGGCAGGGGCAUGACCGAACCCGUCCGGGCCACGCAGAGACCCAAAGGAACGGGCCUAGGCUUCAACUGAGAACCCGAGGAUUCUGGAUCCUGAACCUGAAGGAUGCUGGGAGAAGACACUGAGAGAAACAGAGAGCGAGGGAGAGGAAAUGCUGCUCAGGGCGACGAACGAUAAAAAAACAGUCCAGAAUAACCCAGACAUGUGAGUCAUAAGUAGGAAAGGAAUCAGUCUUGUCCUAGCAACAGUCGAGACAAACUUUCCCAUAUUGGGGAAACCGCGAGACGCCUGGCACAUCCACACAGAUAGAGAGAAGACUCGUGGAAGUGAUUGAAACGGAACAUGAGAAAAGACUUCAUGCAACGGGAUCUUUCACAAAACUCCAUGUUGGAGAUAUCAUAUGACAUUGAUGCCUCAUUAGCGUGUUGUACUGAUCCAAUGAUGACAGUGUGGUUUGUUUUCAUUCAGUGGUAUCAAUUCAAUAACGAUAAAUGGUUUCGUCUGACAUGAUUUUGGUCUCGGAGACAUACCUCAAGAUUCAUUUUAGGUUCAUUUUUUAAGGUAAUGAAGUAAGGGAACACUACUUUUCCCCAUCAAUUUCAUGGAAGAAGUCGUGCCAUGAGAAUGUUUUUAUCCAUCCAAAAACAAACAAACAAUGAAAUCAAACCAAUCAUUUAUGUUCCUUUCAUUGAGCGAAUGCAUGUAUGCAUGUGCUGCAGGUUUGUUUAACUAAGAAAAUACGCUAGGUUAAGUUGUGCCAAUGCUAGCUUGACUGUACAGCAGACUGCUGGAUUUAGCCUCCCAUAGUCAUGCUCAAUGACUUUACACACACUGUAUGACAAAUAUAUGAUUCUCUGGUUACAGCAAUUCCAACAUCUCCAAACAGUUUUGGAAAUUCCCCCCGAAAAAAAUUCUAAGACUAUUGCUGUCAUUGGCUGUGUUUUGAAAGUUUAUUCAUACCUUUCACAGGUGUUUUCACUUUGCCUGAUUAGGUCUAAUUAGAGAUAAGUUAAAAACACCUGUGUGAAUGUGCAGGACCUUUUUUAAAUGACAUUUCUUUUAAAACUUUAUUUUAGACCCUUUGCCAUUGACCUAACUGUGAUAUUGUUUCCUGUGUUCAUUUAGCUUGCCUGCGACCAUAGAUGGUCCAAUACCAAUUUGGAAAUUAUUUUCAGUGCAAGUAUAGAGAUUAAGGUCUAGAAAAAUAAAUGAAAUUAUGAAUUAAAAAAUGCG